GCGGAGCCCCAUGGAGGAGCCUCCGCCGCCACCGCCGGCGCGCCCGCCAGUGAGCACGGCCUUGCCGGCCAGCCCGCACCCCGGCGCCCCCUCCGCGGCCGGCUCGCCUGGCGGGACUUCCUCCGCGGCGACAGCGGCUGUGCUCUCCUUCAGCACCGUGGCGACCGCGGCGGCCGCUGCGCUGGGGAACCUGAGCGACGCGAGCCGGGGCGGCGGCGCUGCCGUUCCCGGUGGCGGCGGCCUCGGCGGGUCCGGGGCGGCGGGGGAGGUACGGGCCGCGGGGGCGGCGGGGACGGCGGGGAGGCCGCCACUGGGACCGGAGGCGGCGCCGCUGCUGUCGCACGGGGCGGCGGUGGCGGCCCAGGCGCUCGUCCUCCUGCUCAUCUUCCUGCUGUCUAGCCUGGGCAACUGCGCGGUGAUGGGGGUGAUCGUGAAGCACCGGCAGCUCCGCACCGUCACCAACGCCUUCAUCCUGUCGCUGUCCCUGUCGGAUCUGCUCACGGCGCUGCUGUGCCUGCCCGCCGCCUUCCUGGACCUCUUCACGCCGCCCGGGGGCUCGGCGCCCGCGGCCGCCGCGGAGCCCUGGCGCGGCUUCUGCGCCGCUAGCCGCUUCUUCAGCUCGUGCUUCGGCAUCGUGUCCUCGUUCAGCGUGGCCCUCAUCUCGCUCGACCGUUACUGCGCCAUCGUGCGGCCUCCGCGUGAGAAGCUCGGCCGCCGCCGCGCGCUGCAUCUGCUGGCGGGCGCCUGGCUGGCGGCCCUGGCCUUCUCCUUGCCCUGGGAGCUGCUCGGGGCGACCCGGGAGCCCCCGACGGCGCAGAGCUUCCACGGCUGCCUCUACCGGACCUCCCCGGACCCCGCGCAGCUGGGCGCGGCCUACAGCGUGGGGCUGGUGGUGGCCUGCUACCUGCUGCCCUUCCUGCUCAUGUGCUUCUGCCACUACCACAUCUGCAAGACGGUGCGCCUGUCGGACGUGCGCGUGCGGCCGGUGACCACCUACGCGCGCGUGCUGCGCUUCUUCAGCGAGGUGCGCACGGCCACCACCGUGCUCAUCAUGAUCGUCUUCGUCAUCUGCUGCUGGGGCCCCUACUGCUUCCUGGUGCUGCUGGCCGCAGCCCGGCAGGCCCAGGCCACGCAGGCCCCCUCGCUCCUCAACGUGGUGGCUGUCUGGCUGACCUGGGCCAAUGGGGCCAUCAACCCUGUCAUCUAUGCCAUCCGCAACCCCAACAUUUCCAUGCUCAUUGGGCGCAACCGCGAAGAGGGCUACCGGACUAGGAAUGUGGACGCUUUCCUGCCCAGCCAGGGCUCGGGUCUUCAAGCCAGAAGCCGCAACCGUCUUCGAAACCGCUAUAGCAACCGGCUGGGCACCUGCAGCAAGAGGUCCUCUUCCAACCCGGCGGGCGGUGCGGGACGAGACCUUGCCAUGUGGGCCCGCAAAAACCCAGUUGUGCUUUUCUGCCGCGAGGGGCCACUGGAGCCGGUGACUGCAGCGUCCAAACAGCCUAAAUCCGAAACCGGGGAUACCAGCCUCUAAGAAGGGUUGGGAUGGACACCUGGUGAAGGCAAAUUUCCACCCUCUUCAUUUAAUGAUACAGAAUUCCGGGGUAAUCGUGGGAUUUCAUAAAGCCAAACAUUUAAACUAAAGAGACAGAGGGGGAGGGUUACCAAUCCCCCCAAACAACAUAAAAGACAAUGUCCCCUUCUUCAAAAGUGCCAAAAGGAAUGUAAAAUGCAAAAAUUAAAAAACAAUCUUAAACCACACAACCAAGUGUUGUGAACUGUAAGUGCCAAAAAUGACUAAAAUAAAAUUCACAAAUACUGAAAAGCUUACGUACAGGAUCACACUGUGAAACAAACAAAAUCUUGAAUGCAAUCAGUAUUUGUUCAAAUGCAUAAUUUCAGGAAUGAAUGGAGACCCUCACAGCUGCCUGAAAGCCCCUCUAAACCACCAGCAUUCAACAAAACUUCAGAUUCUAGAACUUGAUCCUCUGACACAUGCUUUGGGUGCUUAGGCUGGGAGUGGAAAAUUCUUACGCUUACACACACUGGUGCAUUUCCACACCCCACACCCUUAUAACCUUUAUGGGAAAUUUUAAAUUAAUACCGCAAUUAAACCAUUUUAGGAUUUUAAGAAGGUGGUUUAUUACUAGAUACAAUUCAACCACUUGAAGGGCGAAUAGAAGUAUGAGCAUAAAUGUAUGUGUUUUUAAAAGUAUUUCAGGGUGGUACAUAAAAAUUCAUGUCCCUUUCACUCCUAUCCUACCCCCAAAUCUAUCUAGCUUGGGAAACUUUGCAGCUGUAUACUAAUUCUAAUCUGCUACUUUUAUUUCUGACAAUUUGGGGGAUACUGGUCUUAGAAUGGCUUCACAUUUAAAAAAAAAAAAAAAACUUACAUACCAGAAAAUCUUUGUCUUUUGAGGUAAAUUUGAUUUUUGGAUACAACAAAAAAGGUAAUUAGAAGUCAAGGUGAUUGAAUAAGGUGAGUGAUGCCACUUUAUUUUUAUUUUUUAUAAAGUAACAACAUUGGCUUUCCUAUGUGGCUUUUAACUGAGAAUGAUUUUAAAGAGAAUUUCUAAAAAUAUUUGAGAAGUGGUCACAUUCUUGGAAUAACCAUAGAGCUUUCCAAGGUAAUCAUACUCUCCCACAUUUGGAACUUGAGUAUCUUUUAAAAAUACCUGAUUGUUGCUUUAGGUAUGUGACUUGUCUAAAAUAAUGUAGUCUUUAUUAGAAAGAGAGAACAGGUGUGGGAUUAUUAUAUUUUUAUAACAUGGUAUUAAAAACAAGCAAAAAAUCAGGUACUUCAGACAAACUGAAAAUACUUCUGAAAUGAGCAAAACAAAGAUGAUUUUCACAAAAAUUCAAAAGCACAAUUUGGGAUUUGUGUAUGUGAAAUUUCUCACAUUAAAUGCCACUGUACAGAGAAUCAUUUACUCAGAAUUUUCAAAGAUGUUUUUGUGUUUUCUCCCUCUUUCUUUCCCCUCCAUCUUGCCCCUCUUUUUUUGAAUUCUUCACAGCCUUAACUGAAUAAGUAUUUUAAACUAGGUAUGAAAAGAGAUCAACUAUGAUAUGAAGAUUUCAAUGUGAAAUAACCAACAUCUGUUCUUGUAAAGUAUUUAAAGAUGUUUAUUAGUAUUUAAGUCUGCGUGACA